AUGGAAAUCCAAAUGCCAGUUGUGAUUGUAGGUGCUGGGCCUGCUGGGUUAGCAACCUCUGCAUGUCUCAACAAACUUUCAAUCCAAAAUAUUGUACUAGAAAGAGAUGAUUGUCAUUCCUCUCUUUGGAGGAAAAGAACCUAUGAUCGUUUGAAACUUCACUUGGGCAAAGGCUUUUGUAACCUACCUCACAAGCCUUUCUCAUCUGAUCUUCCAUUGUUUAUCCCUAGGGUUGAUUUUCUUCGCUAUUUGGAUGAUUAUGUGACUACUUUUAAGAUCUUCAUCCGCUACAACCGUUUUGUCCAUGAAGCUUCUUUCGAUGUCAACACCGGAAAAUGGAGGGUUUGUGUGAUGGAUAGCGUGAAGAAUGUUGGUGAAGUUUAUGUUGCUGAUUAUUUAGUGGUUGCAUCGGGAGAGAGCUGUGAUGCUUAUAUUCCGAAGAUAACCCGGCUUGAGAAGUUUGAAGGUGAAUAUUUUCAUUGCAACAAGUAUCAGAAUGGAAGGCCUUAUUAUGAUAAGAAUGUGUUGGUUGUUGGUAGCGGAAAUUCAGGUAUGGAGAUUGGUUAUGAUCUCUCUACUUGGGGUGCGAAUACCGCCAUGGUGAUAAGGAGUCCGGUGCAUUUUUUGAUAAAAGAAAUGGUGUACAUUGGAAUGACUAUGCUGAAAUACUUUAGUGUUGAAAAUGUGGACAAGCUUAUGUUCUUUAUGAGCAAAUUGGUGUAUGGAGAUUUGUCCAAGUAUGGCUUGGUUAGACCAAAGGAAGGACCCUUUGCCUUGAAACUGAAGGGUGGUCGUACUCCUACUGUUGAUGUUGGUACCAUCAAACAGAUCAAAGCUGGAAAAAUAAAGGUAUAUUCAGAAAUUUCAAGCAUAAAAAACGGCAAGACCAUUGAAUUUGUAGAUGGAAAAACUGGUGAAUUUGACGUCAUAAUCUUUGCUACCGGAUACAGAACCAAUGUGCACAAGUGGCUCAAGGUGGAUUACAAAGUGCUAUUUAAUGAAAAUGGAAUGCCAAAAGCUGCUUAUCCAAAUCAUUGGAAAGGAGAGAAUGGAGUGUACGGUGUUGGAUUCUCAAGAAGGGGGUUACAAGGCAUUAAUUAUGAUGCUCAGAGAGUUGCAAAGGAUAUCAGUGUCACUAUCAAUGCAAGGAAGAUACAUGCAGCUGAUGAUGAGGCCAAUAUUUUGCUCAAGUCAAGCUAUUAG